AUGUCUGCGGGCCCCUCGUUCCUCCCAGCGUCCUCUCUCCCCACCUCUUCCUCCUUCGCCGACGAGGUCGAACAGGAUAUCCGGCGACGGGAGGCAUCGGCGGGAAACAUGGAAGUUGACGACGUCGGACUCGCGAGGGCGACAUCGCCGUCCAUCAUGUUUCCGCCAGCUCGUCCGGCCUCGAGUCUUGCAGAACGCGGGAGGGAACACCGCGAAACGAUGUCGGGAGAGGAGCGGCAGGGUCGUUACCGAGCGGACAGCACGGGCUCCGUCCUGUUUCCGUCGUCGGUACCGCAGACUCGCCAAAGAAGCGGUUCGACCCUCACCGGAAACGAGCGAAACGGCGCCGUCCGCGAAUCGACCUCGACUGUGCUCCCCUAUGCUCAACCCGACUACGAGCGACCUUCAAGCCCCCGAGUGCAGCAGGACUACCCCUCCCAGCCGGCGCAUCACGUCCUGCGCAAGGGUGCCGGACCGUUCGGCUCGAACAAGUCGACUCUCCGCCCGCAUGCACGACCUAGUCUUCCCGCUGGCCAUCCUAGCCGGAUGAGCCUGGGACAGCUCUCGACAGGCGAGCCGACGAGCGCUCUCGACUACCUUUACUUGGAGGAAGAGCGGCGGAAGGCUGCGGCUGUCGAAGCGGAGAAUGCGGCGAAAGCGGGUCGACCCAUGUCUGCCGGCAGCCGGCGCACCUCGCACCUGAACGGCGGCGACUUCUCGCCCGAUGGCCAGAUCGACUUUGCGAGCCCAAACGGGGACGGCGACUUGCACAUGCACGGCCAGGAGGACGAACAGGCGGCGCGGGAAGACAUGACCUUCUCGAAGGAGGAGGCUUGGUACUUCCUCCGCGAGCUUGUUGGACAGGAGAUCCGGCACGAGGAGGGCUUGCUAUGGAAGAUGCGGGACUUGGAUGGUCGACCUGGAAGCUCAGUCGACGGAGACUACGACGGCGACGACCACGACCCGCAAGAUGCCCCGAUCCUGCGAUACCUCAUCCGGCACUUCCUCCUCACCCUCCCUCUCGUACGCGAUACCGCCGAAGACGGCGAGAUCCCCUCCUUCUGGACCGACGGACUGCAUCCGAUCAUCCGCGCCAUUCACGACGCCGACCUCUCCAAGCCCGCCGACCGAGGGUUCGUUGGACCCGUCUCGCGGUUGUACGGGUCGUCGAUGCGCAAUGCGCUGGAGCGCUUCGUCGCAGCUGGCUUGAAGCUCAGCAGCGCGUCACAUGUUGAGCCGACGCCUGACGCAGCAGGCUUGCAGCGACAGCGUUCGAACGCGUCCUCGCAGCGCUCAAAGGCGCGAAGUGCGGCGAUGUCGGGUGUCGAGACUUCGGUCCCUCCGCCGCCGGUCGAUAAGGAGAGACCUAUCUCGUCUUCAACUUCCACCUCGACUCCGUCGUCGUCAUCCUGGUCUCAGCGCUUCUCCUUCGGCCGGCUCUUCGGCUCGACGACUGCCACGCCCGUUAAAAGCACUCCCGUCUCCGUUCCCCCGCCCAUCCCCACUGUUCACGAAUCGGCACCUUCGCGAGCACCAGCGCCAGCAUCUGAAACCGACUCGGACCGCGACGCAGGGCUUCACCCGUCUAAAGCAGGACGACCACGGCCCGACUCGGCCGUCUUGCCUGCUCUUCCGUUCAUGAACGCGCAGAAGCCGACAGACGAAGAAGUCGCGUUCCGGCAUACUGGCUCUGCUUCCUCGUCCCGCCGCGCUUCGACUGUCGCAACCCGCUCGCGACCACUCACGCCGGUCGGCGACCGUCUCGGCAAUCCCGAAAUGGAAGAACUCGACCUCUCCCGUCAAGCGACUCGUACGACGAACGUCACUUCGGCUUUCGACACGGCUAGCUUCGUGACGGCAGGCGAAGGGACGCUCGCGAGUCGGACAGGACACGACGGCGAGAGCGACGCGGAGAGCGAGGCAGACGAGACGGCUCGCUUCCCUGGCUCACUGUUCUUCUCCUCGGCGAAACCUGGACCGCCGCCUAUCGCUCUCGACCAGUCUUCGAGCGCACCCGAGACGCCGAGGAUGCCUACUGCGUCCUUCGCGCCAACGUCGUCGAACGGUCUCGAGCCGGCGGAGAUGAAGAAGGAGGGAUCAAGCAGCACGGCGAGCGGGCCGAUCGACGGGCUUGAGUAUUACGGCUCGGACGCCGCUGCGACGCCCAAGCACGAAAAGGAGGGAUUCGACUUGACUUCCGCCGCGGUGGGAGCAGAGGUCCCCGACACGCCGAAAGGCAAGUCUAGGGCUUUUGACGACGGAGUGGUGCAGCCUUACGUCGUCGAGGACGCCGCAACGAAGCUUCCGCCGCCUGUCCCAGGCAUUCUACCCUACGCGUCGCCUGCUUCCUCGCCUCGCCAGUCAACCUCUUCUGCUCGCCGAACGCUUCCCUCCUCGCCUCCACUCCGCCCAAUCUCGUCGCCUCAGACGGACAACUUCCCCAGCGACCUCGGCACACCUCCGCGAAGCAAGAGCAAGUUCGGCCUCGGCUCGCUCCUCAAGAAGACGCACUCGCGCUCGGCGAGUUCGAGCUCGUCCAAGUCGCCGACAUUUGCCCCAGCAUCGUUGAACGAGGUUCCCGCAAGUCGUCGCGUUCCGAUCGCCUAUUCCUCGCCUCCUCCGCGUAAGAGCGAAGACUUCGUCGCCCACAUGGCGAUCCCUCACGAGCUCCUCUACCCGACCGCCGAGGAGUCGGCAGACGGGCAUGCGGAAGAGACGGGAGCAGAAGUGCCAGAGCCCAUUCUGCUGCCGAAGGGAGGCGUCAAGUGGCCUUGGAACGAGCCUGUGCCGUUUCUACAGGGACCCGACUUUGAGCAGCUCAAAUGGGGCGGGUUUGAGGCGGACGUGAUCGGCGUCAGGAAGAGCUUGUUCUCGCAUAGCUACAUCAUCCGGAUUCGACGACCUGGCCGUCUCGACGAGUAUGUCUUGCGAACCGAAGCCCAAUGGGCCAAGUUCGCUCGCAACAUGAGCAAGCUCUUCCCGCAUGCCCACAUCCGCCGCAUUCCUCCCGGAGACCCGAAGCACGACACCGUCAUCCGCCCGAAGCCGUACCUUCCGACUAUCGGCAGCGCUGUGUCUGUCGUCUCUGGUGCCGACCAGCACACCGUCCCCGGCACGCCUAUCAGCGAGACGCCCUCUCGCGCCCACUCGCGCCUCAUGGGUGGCAUUCGCGCUGCAGCCGCCGACCCGACUGCGCCGCCUCGAGCAGCCCGCACCCUCACCCGCAGCAGCCUCGGCUCGACUUUCGCUCGCAGUCUACAGGCACAGAGCACGCACACGCAGGGUCACGCAUCUCGUCGUUCGAGCCGAAAGUCGCGCGCCACGACCUCUGCUUCGACGCUGCCCCCUCGUCCGCACUCGGCAGCAGGCAGCUACCGCAGCUAUCCCAUGAGCUUCGGCUCGCGUUUCGGCGUACCCGCCGAGAUUGGCAAGAAGAUGCCGCCGUUCGACCCGCGCCGGCGUGCACUGAGGGCGUGGCUGCGAGACGUGCUGAGCGUCAAGGUCGUCGGUCACCACAAGGAGACGGCCGCAUUCCUUCUGCUGGGAUCAAUCGUGCCGCGAGACUCCGACGUUCUCGACAUGGCCAAGCGAGAAGCGAUCGACGACGCUCGUCGCUCCGCCAGAUCUAUCGAAGCUCAGCGAUCGAUUGAAAAGGUUCGCACGGCUCGCAAGCAAUGGUCGGCGGUCGAGCGCGAGGUCAUCUACGGCGACGGCCUCGGCGACAUCUCGGAAGCCCUGAAGACGACUCGCUCAAUCGCCGGUCUGCCGACCAAGUAUCAGAAGGUCCUGGAGAUUUUGCGCUUCGACCUGGCCGAGACGCUGUACGAGACGCUCGUCGCGUCCGAGACAAGCGGCACGACUUUCACCAAAGUCAAGGCGCUCAACACCUCCUUCCCCUGGUUCUUCGUGAAGCAGGCGAUGCGACUGAAGAGCUCGAAGCUCAUGGCGCGCGCCUUGCAAGACCUGCUCAUCUCGCGGCGUUUCGGCGGGAAGAGUCUGCUUCAAAAGAUCCUAGCGAUCACGCUCGAUGACGACCCCGCCAACCUUGCAAAGGUCAUGGACCUGCUGCAGGUCCGCAUCGGCAGCGCAGUCAUGGUCGAAAAGCUCAACGCCUUCGCCCACGAGUCGCGCGAGAAGAAGGCUAUCAUCAGGCGGUAUGCGGAGGAGAACGAGAUCGAGCUCGUCUUGUGCAUUGUCCGGGGCGCCGACGAGCCGCGUCUGCCCAGCUUCGAGCUCGACCGCAUCACGCAGGCGCAGAAGGCGUACCGCAAGUGGCUCAAGACGAAUCCGACGCCUUAUCAGAAGACGCACGUCAAGGAUCCGGACGUCAGGCUCGUGCUCGACCUCCAGGCCUACCUCACGCUUGCCAGCCGCGACCGCGACAGCACAAUUCUGCGCGAGAUGCUCGCCAAGGAGGACUUUGCCGCCGCAGUCGAGGUCGUCCUCGAGCCCAUCGUGCAGCUCCUCAGGCGGACGUACCGAGUCGGCAACGGCACGCAAGCGGUGGCCGACUUGCAGAAGUUUGUCGAGCAGCUCAUCCUCGUCGUCGAAGCCCUCCGCAGCCGUGUGCAGGACCCGCAGAAGAGCAUACGCACCAUUUCCCGCCUGCUUGAGCGACAUCAGCAGAACCUGUACACCUUUCUCCACCGCGUGCACCGGAAGGAGACGAUCAUCGAGGAGUUCCUCCAGUGGGCUUGGACCGCCUCCGUCUUCCUCCGCCGCGGCCUCGCGCAGCCCAUCGACCUCGAUGACCUCGUUUCGCCAUCCUCGUCCGAAGACCGCCUCUUCUUGCUCGAAGAACUCGCCGACCUCGUCUCGUACCAGCACGACAAGCGCCUGCAUGCUUUCCAAGCCGCAGCGAGACGCCAUGCCGGCGAGGUCGACGCCGACGACCCCAUCAUCGUUGAGGGCGACGGCAAGGGCCGUAGCAGGCUUGACGGCGUGAUCGAACCGCGCCCGACUAAGCCUGUGCUCGAGGAGGUCCGCUUCUACGCCGAGGCGUUCCGUGACCAGCUCAAGGGCGUCUUUGCAGUCUGA